GGUUAGAUCAGGUCUAGAUUCAACUACCUCUUACAUCACAUGCUCACAAGAUAACCUUAGGAUUACAUUUACAUGUAUUUACUGAAUUAAUUGAAAGUCAAGAUGAUGUUUUGUAGCUGUCAGAUCUAUUGCUCUAUGCUUUCAACCAGCAUUAUAUUAAAUAAAGACAAAGCAAUAUGGGAUAUAUUGUUUCUAUAUACAUUUAUUAUAAUGACUUGAUGAUGAAUAAUACAGGAGUAAGUCUGAUGGUGACUGUACUCUGAAGAUGAGGAUAAAAUAAACUGUAGACAGAUGUAGUAUAAAAUGUAAACUCUUCUGAAGUUCUAAAACCCGAUCUGAAGGCAAUCUCCAAUCUAUCUGCAUGCUGGAACCAAUCUGACUGGAGUUCAGAAAUGAGCCCUUUUUAUAAUGGUUGGUCAAGACUCUACAGCUGUUGGUCAGCCUUGAGUCAUUGACCAAAACAGUCUGUAUUUCGUAACUUUACUCUGAAUUUAGGGAGUGGACUUUUAGUGAGAAGGAUAGAUGUACCGCAGUAAAUGUGAAACCCCUAAAGUGUGGGUGUGUCCGAAGUUUAGCUGGAAGACAAAUGAGUAAUAAUUUCUUAAGAAAGUUGGAGUUUGUAAACAUACAUUUUCCUGUUACACUUCCUGUAGAAGUAUUGAUUAUGCAUUGAUAUCAGCAAUCUUUGAGCAUAGUUUACACUCAAAUUUACACUAGGGUCCAGAACAAUAGAGUGACCAAGCCAGAACAAUAGGAGAACAAUAGAUUCACUGGACCAUUUCCUUUGUUCUUGCUCGAGUGUAAAAUCGAGUGUAAAUCAUGCUCAAAGAUUGCUGACUGGGUCUGUAUUAUUGAAUAUGUGAGACAUGUCUUGUCAUCACAUAACAUUGAAUCAAAAGAAAUGGGAGCAAAUUAGUGACAAUGCCAAAUAUUUCAAGUGCCAAGACUUUACUGUUUUUCCUCAGCUGUACCAUGAUGUCUACAGGAAGAUUGUUAACCUGCGCUCCCAGUUUAGGCGUGAAAAACAUCGUGAAGUCAAGUUUGCAAGUGAAGGGAAUGCACAAGAUGCAGCAUCUCAAAUCAAAUGGAUACACUACAAACAACUCAAGUUUCUGGAUGAUUUUGUGGCUCUGAGAAACCAAAGGGUUGACUGCAUGCAAUACAGCCCUGGAUACAGCCCAACGAAUGGAUUUGGUGAUUAUGAUGAAAGCCUAGAAGAUGAUGUGGAAUACGAUGGACUUGAUGUGGACGAUUACAAAGUGGGAUUAGAUGACAAUACAAAUGAACGAACAAUCGAUUUGACGGCCGGUGAAAGUCCUCAGAAUGAGAUGCAAGCUGUGCAGAGUGAGAACUAUGAUUUCCAAAGACGAUCUCCAAUGCAAGAAAGAGGCACUAAAAGAGUCCGUCACGGUUAUGAUACGCAGCAUCAGGAACUAUCCGAGAGACGGCAUUACCAGGAUUUUCACAGUCCUACGCCCGAAAGACCUCAGCACCAAGUUAUCGAGAACUCGUUCACCCCGAGCGGAGAGGUUUUAGAUCCCCCACAAAGUGCAAUGAUGCAGAGGGCCUCGUCACACAUCCAAAAGGCAUUGUCAUGCUUUGAGAAAGCAGAAGGGAAGAGCAGGGCUUCCAGAAGAUAUGGCGAUGGUGAAGAUGAUGAUGACAUGAUCUUUGCCAGAUAUAUUGCUACCGAGCUUAGACAACUGCCAAGUAGUGAUGUCAAGAGACUGGUCAAGCAUCGAAUUCAGAACUUGAUAUAUGAAGCACACUGCAACCCACGCACAUUACAAUCAUCGUAGAUGGUAUUUUACUCUCAACUCAAGUGAAAUUCUACUAUGUGCACUCAGUUAAGCCUACCCUGACAUCAAGUUGUGGUUUUUAUAAUGCUGAAAAAUUAGAGAAACAUGGUAAUUAAGAUUUUUUUAAAGUCCAAAGAGAAACCGAGCUUCCCCUUAAAGUUUUCAUCCAAAUGAAGAUUAAGGUUCAGGUUUGUAGACCAAAUUUGGCCCUUUCAAUAUUGGGUGAUGAUGUAGGAUUCUUAAAACAAAAAACAGGAGCCAACUCAAUGACUCAAACUUGAUUAAGUUUUACCGACAAUUUUUACAAUUGACUGAUCAUUUUAUAUUCCCACUCUAUUGCUGUUAUGAUCUCAAGUAUGUGCAACAUGAAAGUGUGUUGCACUGUGUAAUAUGAUACUAUCUGUGAUAAAAGUUAGUCGCACUCUGUACCAUCUCAGAUAAAAGUUGAAUACAUUUGUGUAUUAUCUCACCCCAAAAGCAUUCUUAAAUAAGGUAAAAAGGCUUAAUACUUGGUCAAAGCUAAUGUACACAGUACUACACAUUUGCACUGAAAGCAAACAGGGGCUCUUGCCCAGGAGAGAAUGUACUUCUUAACUCCUAAGCUUUGCUAUGAUUCAGCCUUUAGGUGUUUGUUGAAGAGAAGUAUGCUUCCAUUUAUAUCAUUCCUUAUAUGUAACUGGACCAUUCCCAAUGUGAAAUAUAAAACAUAUGUUCAUUGGAGAGUCUGGAAAAGAAAAUUUCCCUCAGCCCCAUUGCAUAAAAGAUACUAUUAUGGUAAUUUUUCCAUUUAGUGGUAACUACCAUGGUGAUGGUAACAAUGCCCAUCAGCCAAUCAAAGUCAAGGAUUACAUGAAAGAUACCAUUGGAUAGCAAACUUACUAUAAUGGUAACUAUAUAUAUAGGGUAGAGAGCUCUGGGGAACCUUGAUUUAAACUACGCCUACCAUUGUUCUCUUCAUCCAUUUCUUUCACACUAUAUAUAUAUAUAAUUCACUAUCUUAAUUUAGCUACAGGUGUAAAGAUAGCUUCAUUCGGAUUGCCCUGGAAGUUAUAGUUUGUCCUAUUACCUUUACCAAAUUGAUGGUAGAUGUUUGUUUACUAUUUAUUACAUAAACACAAACUCAUAAUUUCUUUACAUUUUUCGAUCACUUUCAUACUUUAUUAGUAAAGUAAAGCAAUCCAGACUGUUCAGUUAAUCUUGAUUUUGUUGAAAGUGUGUCAGUUGGGGCUACAAAUUUUACAUAGAGCAGUCACUACAGUAAUAAUUGGGUAAAAUUUAAGAAAAUAAUAUAUUUAAAGGGGGCAUCUUGAAAAGUUGAUAUUUUCAAUUCCUUAUAGGGCCUAAUCACUGUUUUUAUCAUUUUCCUGUAAAAAGAAGUACUGUUAAAUGUCACUUUGUUAAAAAAAAUUGCACAAUGAUUUCUUUGUGUUAGACCAUUAUUAGACAACUAUAAUUUCCUGAAGAAAAUGAAAUAACUGAUUCAAAUGUAAAAGAGGAAUAUUAAUUUUUAUGGACAUUGUUAUUAGUUAAUUACUGCCUCAUGAUUGAUAUAAUGUUCAUCAAUCAUAUAUAAAUGAUUUCAAGAGUUUAGGGUCCCAUUGCCAUCCCCAUCCAAUGCAAACUUUGAUUGAAUCCUUGAUGUUGAUUGGCUGUUGAACUAUGUUACCAUGGUAGUUACUGAUUGUU